AAGUGCAACAACAUGUGAGGAUGGCAUCCAACAGGCGCGGCGUCGGGCUCAGCGCCUUCUCCAACGCUGCCAUCUCAUCAGACAAAUAUGCUGCUCAUGGUGCAUCGCUCAAGUCUUCCCACGCCGAUGCUCUCGCCAACCAGUUGGCAGUCUUUCAGGCGGCUCUCCACAACUUCUCUCUCACGCAUGCCAAAGACAUCCGCAGCAAUCCAACCUUUCGUGCGGAAUUCGCACGCAUGUGUCAUGCCAUUGGUGUGGAUCCUCUAGCUGGCAGCAAUAUCAAAGCCGCCAAGGAUGCAGGCGGAAAAGGUGGGAGUGUAUGGGCGAAGAUGUUGGGCACGAGCGUCAACGAUUUCUACUUUGAACUGGGCGUUCGUCUUGUCGAAGUCUGCCGAGAGACCCGAGCAGAGAAUGGCGGCAUGAUUGCCUUUGCUGAGGCAAGGAAGAGGAUCGCUGCUGGCCGAGGCUUGGUUGGUGGCGGCAUGGACGUCACUGACGAUGAUAUUCAGAGAGCCUUGGAAAGUCUGGAGCCGCUGGGCGGCCAAUUCAAAGUCUUGACGCUUGGAAAUACCAAGUACAUUCGAAGUGUACCAAAGGAGUUGAAUCGCGACCAGGCAAAAGUCCUGGAAGUCAUCCAAAUCAUGGGCUUCAUCACUGUAUCCAUGCUGCAAGCUAAUCUGGAGUGGGAGCGAGCUAGAGCUGUUGCAGUCAUCGACGAUCUUGUUGCAGAUGGUAUCGUGUGGGUCGAUGACCAAGCCGACGAAGUCGAGUACUGGAGUCCGGCAUCCAUGCACGAAGGAGGUUGAACGUCUUCCGACAAUUGAGCAGACCACCUGCCUGCCAUUGGUGUCCAUUUCACGACAGCAAAUGUACCCUUGUUCAUCGCAGAAACGUCGUAAGGUUGUUGUGGCAUGGCGCUGCGUGGAGACUGGAUUGGCAAGGGAAGCAGAGACUCACUGCAGAAUCCCACGGUACCAUAACAGUUUUACGGGAGCUUUCCGGGUCGAAGUUCGAGAUUCCAGCUCCAGCGGCCAAACACAAUAUAUCAAGAUGUGCAUGAUGGUGUUCACACAUCUUGAUACCGUAAAUGCCUUGACGAACAUGAUGAGAAUGCACCAAUUGCACCCGGAGAACUCCAACCUGCUGUACAUCGCGCUGAGCAGCAGCUAUUGCUGGGUUCUUCGGCACGACUGGCGUUCGCAAGUGGCGAUAGUAAUACAAACUUCCUUAGUCUACGCUAUGUGACUGAGAACACUGGUUUGACUCCUAUAUGUAUUAUGUCACGUGCGACCGCGCUUUUUACUAGCGACGCCAAGCCUUU